GCAAAGGCGCCGCGACGCUUAGUGACAGCGGCCCCGCCGGAGCGGGAGCCCGGGAGGGAGCUGCCGCGCGCGCCCACCCGCAGCGCGCGCGGGACCCCGGCGUCGGGCGCACUGCCCAGCCCACCCCCGCAGCCCGUGGGCCGCCCCCGCGCGCAGAGAGGCCGGGCCCCGACGGCGGCUGGAAGGGGCCAGCGCGCCCCGGAUGGGCUUCGUGGAGCCGGGCUGCCGAGCCAUGCUGACGGGCACCGAGCCGGGGCCGGCGAGCGCCGAGGGCCGCGCGCCCGGGAACGCCGACCCGCACGGCCGCUACUUCUACCCCGAGCCGCUGCCCCCGCCGCCGCCGCCGCCGCCGCCGCCCGGCGCGCAGGACGAUCGCCGCGCGCCCUACGCCGGGGGCGCCCUGGUGCCCGCGCCCCCCGGCCGCUUCCUGGGCGCCUACGCCUACCCGCCCCGGCCCCCGGCGCCCGGCUUCCCCGGCGCCGCCGGCGAGCCCUUCCCGCAGACGGCGGGCGCCGACGGCUACGGCGGCGCGGCAGACGCCUAUGCGGCCCCCGACCCGCGCGCCGGCCUCUACCCCGGCCCGCGCGACGACUACGCGGUGCCCGCCGGCCUGGAGGUGUCGGGGAAGCUGAGGGUCGCGCUCAACAACCACCUGUUGUGGUCCAAGUUCAACCAGCACCAGACGGAGAUGAUCAUCACUAAGCAGGGCCGGCGGAUGUUCCCGUUCCUGUCAUUUACUGUGGCUGGACUGGAGCCCACUAGCCACUACCGGAUGUUCGUGGACGUGGUCUUGGUGGACCAGCAUCACUGGCGGUAUCAGAGUGGCAAGUGGGUGCAGUGUGGAAAGGCAGAGGGCAGCAUGCCAGGAAACCGCCUGUACGUGCACCCCGACUCCCCCAACACGGGCGCCCACUGGAUGCGGCAGGAAGUGUCCUUCGGGAAGCUGAAGCUCACCAACAAUAAGGGCGCCUCCAAUAACGUGACACAGAUGAUCGUGCUCCAGUCCCUGCACAAGUACCAGCCUCGGCUGCACAUCGUGGAGGUGAGCGAGGGCGAGCCCGAGGCCGCGGCCAGCACCCACAUCUUCACCUUCCAGGAGACCCAGUUCAUCGCCGUGACCGCCUACCAGAACGCUGAGAUCACGCAGCUGAAAAUCGAUAACAACCCUUUUGCCAAAGGCUUCCGGGAGAACUUUGAGUCCAUGUACACGCCUGUGGACACCAGCGUCCCCUCCCCUCCUGGACCCAACUGCCAGUUCCUCGGGGGCGACCACUACUCCCCUCUGCUUCCCAACCAGUAUCCUGUCCCGAGCCGUUUCUACCCCGAUCUUCCCGGCCAGGCCAAGGACGUGGUACCCCAGCCGUACUGGCUGGGCACCCCCCGGGACCACAGCUACGAGGCCGAGCUCCGAGCGGUCAGCAUGAGGCCAGCGCUUCUGCCCUCGGCCCCUGGGCCCACCACGUCCUAUUACCGAGGCCAGGAAGUGCUGGCACCUGCAGCCAGCUGGCCCGUGGCCCCCCAGUAUCCCCCGAAGAUGGGCCCGACCAGCUGGUUCCGCCCCAUGCGGACACUGUCCAUGGAACCCGGAGCUUGUGACGGGCGAGGCCCCGAGGACCAGGGCUCCCCAGCGCUGUGGACUGACAUCACCCCACUUCGGCCCGAGUCCAGUGACUCAGGACUGGGCGAGGGAGACUGUAAGAGGCGACGCGUGUCCCCCUACCCCUCCAGCGGGGACAGCGCCUCCCCAGUGACGGCCCCCUCUCCCUUUGACAAGGAACCCGAAGGCCAGUUUUAUAACUAUUUUCCCAACUGAGCAGAGGCUCUGGGGGAAGAAACGGAACCUGCGUUCUUAAGCUUGGAGAGG